AUCCUCUUCUUCGCCAUCGCCCUCUUCUUCGCCAACGCCGCGGCCCUUGCGCUCGCCGUCUGACAGCACCAGACCGCUCUGCUGCCCACCGCUUGCAUCCGAGCCCCCCCCAGUUCAGCUUGCUUCAGCUGCUUAUCCCGCUUGGUCCAAAAUGCCAUCGCCUCCGAAGCCCUGGGAAGUCUCGUCUGGCCAUGACCCUGCCGCACCAAGCCCAUCGGCCUUAGCGUCGCCCCCUCUGCCCGAUCGGCCUGCACAGCCUUCGCUGCUCGCCGGCCAGCCGGAUCAGUCAUCAGCACUCUCGCCAUUCGGCUCACGGAUCGGCUCCUCAUAUCCUUAUGACUCGGGUUACAACUCGUAUGGCUAUCGCGCCGGAUACCAAUCGCCGUACUCCUCGCUGUCGAGCGGCUAUGGUGGCUAUGGAAGCUACGGAGGAGGAUAUGGCGGAUACGGGAGCUAUGGAGGGAGCUACGGUGGCUAUAACAGCUACGGCUCCGGCUACGGCUCUGGAUACUACGGCUCUUACAGCCCCAUGAAUCGCUUCGGCCCGUACAGCCGCUUCGGCGAGAACGAUCCCAACAAUCCCAACGCCGCCAUGCCCAACACGAUCGGCGCCCAGAUGGAGGCCUCCACACGCUCGGCCUUCCAGCUGCUCGACCAGAUCGUCCAGACCUUUGGUGGAUUCGCACACAUGCUCGAGUCGACCUUCCAGACGACCCAUGCCACGUGGAUGUCCAUGAUCGGCCUGGCCGACCACUUUCAGUUCCUCAAGACCUUUUUCCACAACACCCUCUCCUCCUUUGUGUUGUUCCGGUCCCUCCGGAGCUUUGUCACUCGUCUUCUGUCGCCCUGGAUCCCAGUCCGGCCCGAGUCCAUCUCGGCCGAGAACUUUGAUUCCUUCACCACGGAGCAGCAGAAUGUCAAAAAGGCCGCUCGCUCUCAGCGACCGUUCUGGAUCUUUUUGUUCAUUCUCGUGGGCUUCCCGUGGCUCAUGUCAAAGUGGGUCGAGCGCAUCAACCGCAAGCGGCUGGAGGAGGCUGGUCUGAACGCACAGGCUGGUGCGGAGUCUGCAUAUCCCGUCAACCCAGCGCAGUUGACGCCGGAUCAGAUCCAAAACCUCGAGUUCUGCAGGUCCCUGUACGACUUUGAAUCCCAGGAUCCCCAAAAUGAGCUGGCCUUCCGAAAGGGCGAGCUCAUUGCCAUCCUCAACAAGAUCCCGAUACCCACGGGCCAGCAGUCAACAUGGUGGCUGGGAAGACUGCAAAACGGCCGGAUCGGUCUCUUUCCGUCCAACUAUGUGGAGCUGAUCCAGAAGAAGGCGGGAUGCAGUCCUGCGUCUCCACCACCGCCACUGCCGCCUCAGCCGCCGCAAUCUUCCCAAGCGAAUCCUUCUUCCGAAGCUGUGGUGGACGCCUCGCCAGUCUCGCCCAGGUUUCUGUAGGGCCUCGGCGGUUGCCAACCGACAUGUGCCAAGCCAAUACACUGCCUCUGUCGCUACCUGCAAUUACUGCGACACACCCCCUCGCUGCGUGGCAUCAGGACACUGGUGAAGCUCGCACCACCUCCCGCACGG